AUGGGAGCUCAGGGAAGUCGAGUGGAUUUUAAGCAAGCUGUUUUGGAUUUGACCUCUAAACCGGGAAAAGACGAUGAACAAUUCUGGGAUCAAGCUUGGUGGCCAGAUUCAGUCAAUGAUAUCUUUGCCAUGAUUCCAGGAGAAGACAUUCGCAAACUUAGAGAUGAAUCUCCGAAAAACUUGGCUACCCUGGUUUACAAAGCAGUUGAGAAAAUCCAGUUCUCGAAAAACCAUCCAGGCAACAUUGAUCAAAAGAAGACUAUCAAUGCUAUCCGACUGCUGACCAGGAUGAUUCCGUACAUGUUGGAAGAUGCUGAGUGGAGAGGCUACUUCUGGUCUCCGAUUCCCCAUGGCGACGCUACGAAACCACUGGCAGCGGUACUUCUCGAGACACUCUCUGACCUACUUUUCUGCCCGGAGUUCACCAUUACUCAUGCAAACGGACAAAAAGUGAAUGACCUCUCAACGAUUGAUUCGUGUGAAUACAUUUGGGAAGCAGGAGUUGGAUCUGGAAACAAACCUCCGAUGGUUGCUCAGCAUUAUCAGAACCGCUCGGAAAUUCUGAAGCUCUUGCUCACUUGCUUCUCAGAAGUCAUCUAUGCUCCAGUUUCUGAUGAAAACCGCCUCCGAUGGAUCUGCCACUUCACCGCAGUCACCAACCCACAUGUUCUACCAAUUUUCACUUCACUUCUAAAUAUUGUAUGUGCCUAUGACCCAGUUGGAUACGGACUCCCUUACAACUAUCUGCUCUACAACGACUCAAGAGAGCCGCUGGUCGAGAUUGCCCUUCAAGUGUUGAUUGUAUGCCUUGAUAAGGAAAGUCAACCGAAAUCCGAUGACUCUGGAUAUCAAGACAACUACUUCAUCAACUACUUGAGCAGAAUUCACAGGGAGGAGGACUUUGACUUCAUGUUGAAAGGAAUAACCCGUCUCUUGAGCAACCCUAUUCACUCAUCAUCGUCCUAUUUGCCAAAUUCCACAAAGCGAGUAAAUUUCCAUCAAGAGUUGUUGGUUCUUCUCUGGAAAUGUUGCGAGUUCAAUCAAAAAUUCAUGUUCUACGUUCUCAAGACUUCUGACGUUCUCGACAUUCUGGUUCCAAUUCUCUACCACAUUUCGGAUGCUAGAAAUGACUCUGCGAGAGUCGGUCUUAUUCACAUGGGAGUUUUCAUUAUUCUGCUGCUCAGUGGGGAACGCAAUUUUGGAGUCCGUCUCAACAAACCCUAUACGGCGAAGGCUAAUAUCAAUGUGCAGGCAUUCACAGGGACUCAUGCUGACUUGUUAAUUUUGGUUUUCCACAAACUCAUCACCACUGGAAACUAUAGACUUCAAUCCCUAUUCGACUGCUUUUUGACAAUCAUGGUCAAUGUGUCACCAUAUAUGAAGUCACUAUCAAUGGUGGCGGCAAACAAACUCGUACAUCUUGUCGAAGCAUUCUCAACUCCGUGGUUCCUUUUCUCUUCACCGACCAAUCCUCAACUGGUUUUCUCGCUCCUUGAAGUGUUCAACAAUGUCAUUCAAUACCAAUUUGAUGGUAAUUCUAAUUUGAUCUACACCAUCAUCCGGAAGAGGAACGUGUUUUACCAACUCUCCAAUCUUUCAACUGAUGCUGCAUCUAUUGCUAAGACUCUUUCGGGAAGGAAGAAUAAAUCUGCCAAUAGAGAUGAAAUGGUUGAUCAGUUGAAGAGUCCAACUACAGCAACACCUCCAGAGUUCCCAGGAGCUGGAGCCGGACCAGGAACCGCAUCACCUGCAGCAGGACCGAGCACUACGGCAGGACUUGCUGCUACUCCUGCACUUGCAACAAUGACUGGAAACGUAGGAAGUUGGGAAGAAAAACCGACCGCUCCGGAAGUUCCGGAGGAGUGGAUUGCAACUCAAGAAUGGGCUGAGGCAUGGAAGUCAAAAUUGCCAUUGCAAACUAUUAUGCGGCUGCUUCAAGUUUUGGUUCCGCAGGUGGAGAAGAUCUGCAUUGACAAAGGUCUCACCGAUGAAAGCGAGAUUCUGAAAUUCUUGCAACAUGGAACCCUCGUUGGACUUCUCCCAGUGCCACACCCAAUUGUGAUCCGUAGAUAUCAAACCAACGUUGGCACCAACCAUUGGUUCCGCAUUUACAUGUGGGGUGUGAUUUAUCUCAGAAACACCCAACCACCAAUUUGGUAUGACACAGAUGUGAAACUUUUCGAGAUUCAACGAGCGUGA